CACAGGAAAAAAAAAUAGUGACACGUCCACCCACCCUGUCAAACUUCCACGGUUCCCCUGUUCCUGUAUAAUAAAUUUUCAUGUUUUAACUAUUAAAAAUGCCGUUACGCUUGGAUAUCAAGAGGAAGUUGACAGCGAGGUCGGACCGCGUCAAGUGCGUGGACCAGCACCCGACGGAGCCAUGGCUCCUGUGCUCCCUAUACAACGGUGACGUGAACAUAUGGAACUAUGAAACACACUCGCAGAUCAAGAGAUUUGAGGUAUGCGACCUGCCAGUGCGCGCCGCCAAGUUCGUGCCUCGCAAGAACUGGGUUAUUACUGGCUCCGAUGACAUGCAGAUCCGCGUGUUCAACUACAACACGCUGGAAAGAGUGCAUGCGUUUGAAGCGCACUCUGACUACGUGAGGUGCAUUGCAAUACAUCCCACACAGCCCUAUAUCCUCACCAGCAGUGAUGAUCUACUGAUCAAACUGUGGAACUGGGAUCGCAACUGGGCAUGCCAGCAAGUGUUCGAGGGCCACACACAUUAUGUGAUGCAGAUCGUUAUCAACCCCAAGGACAACAACACAUUCGCUAGUGCUAGUCUCGACACCACCGUCAAAGUAUGGCAGCUUGGGUCUUCAAUUUCCAACUUCACUCUAGAAGGCCACGAGAAAGGGGUCAACUGCGUGGACUACUACCACGGUGGAGACAAGCCCUACCUCAUAAGUGGUGCCGACGAUCGUCUUGUCAAAAUAUGGGAUUACCAGAAUAAAACAUGUGUUCAGACAUUAGAAAGUCACACGCAGAAUGUGACGGUGGUGGCGUUCCACCCGGAGUUGCCGAUCCUACUGACUGGCUCAGAGGACGGCACAGUCAGAAUAUGGCACGCAGGCACUUACAGACUUGAAUCCUCUCUCAACUACGGCUUCGAGAGAGUCUGGACAAUUUCUUCUAUGCACGGUUCCAACAACGUGGCCAUCGGUUACGACGAGGGCACAAUCAUGAUCAAGGUGGGUCGGGAGGAGCCGGCUAUUUCUAUGGACGUCAAUGGAGGCAAGAUUAUUUGGGCGAAACAUUCUGAGAUGCAGCAAGUCAAUUUGAAGGCAUUGCCAGAAGGCACAGAGAUAAAAGAUGGGGAGCGGGUCCCAGUGAUGGCGAAGGACAUGGGUUCCUGUGAGAUUUACCCUCAAACUAUCGCGCACAACCCGAACGGGCGGUUCGUGGUAGUCUGCGGCGAUGGCGAGUACAUUAUUUACACGGCUAUGGCACUUAGGAACAAGGCGUUCGGAACUGCUCAAGAGUUCGUCUGGGCGUUUGAUAGCUCGGAAUAUGCGACUCUUGAAAACUCCAGCACCAUAAAGGUGUUCAAAAACUUCAAAGAGAGAAAGAGCUUCAAGCCUGAGUAUGGCGCUGAAAGUAUAUACGGCGGUUUCAUGUUGGGUGUGAAGUCUAUUAGCGGUGUGGCAUUCUCUUUCUACGAUUGGGAGAACCUGGAGUUGAUCAGACGGAUUGAGAUCCAGCCUCGCCACGUGUAUUGGUCUGAGAGCGGCAACUUGGUGUGCCUGGCAACUGACGACUCAUACUACGUACUCAAGUAUAACGCAGCUGUGGUGACACGAGCUCGCGAAACCAACUCCAACAUCACAGAAGACGGCAUUGAAGACGCUUUUGAGGUCGUAGGUGCAGUGAACGAGGUUGUAAAGACAGGACUAUGGGUGGGCGACUGCUUCAUCUACACGAAUUCCGUGAACAGAAUAAACUACUACGUCGGUGGCGAGAUCGUCACCAUAUCUCAUUUGGAUCACACUAUGUACAUCCUUGGAUACGUCGCCAAGGAGAACAGAUUGUACCUAAAUGACAAGGAGUUGAACAUAGUGUCGUACUCGCUGCUGCUGUCGGUACUGGAGUACCAGACGGCGGUGAUGCGCGCAGACUUCGAGUCAGCUGACCGUGUGCUGCCCACCAUUCCCCAAGAGCAUCGCACCAGAGUCGCCCACUUCCUAGAGAAACAAGGCUUCAAACAACAAGCUCUAGCAGUAUCCACCGAGCCUGAACAUCAGUUCGAGCUGGCCCUUUCACUAGGCGAGCUCCGGAGAGCGAAGCAGUUAGCCGAAGAAGCUGCAGUAGCCGAGGGUUCGCCAUCCAGGUCCUCAGCGGCACGGUGGUCUCGGCUGGGGGCUGCCGCCGCCGCUGCCGCUGACACGGAGCUCACCAAGACCUGCUAUCAAAGUGCUAAGGACUACAGCGCUCUCCUUCUAUUCGCAGCUAGCACUGGUGACAAAGAGCUGCUGAAGACCGUAGCACAGAUGUCCUCGGAAGAAGGCGCUGAGAACAUCUCAUUUGUGGCCUACUUUAUGCUGAAUGAUCUCGAAUCCUGUCUCAACCUACUUAUACAGCGAGACAAGCUGCCCGAAGCCGCCUUCUUUGCCAGAUCAUACAUUCCAUCAAAGAUGUCAGAAGUGGUGAAAUUAUGGCGCGAAUCCACUAGCGCCAGCAACAAGAAGCUCGGCCAAUCCCUCGCCGACCCAGAGCAGUACGAAAACCUAUUCCCUGAGUUCGCGCAAUCAUUAGUACUGGAGAGAUUUCAGCGCGAGUAUGGGUAUGAGCAGAGUUGCUUGCUGGCGAACUUGCCGGUCGACUCGAAGACUUGCAACCUUGAGCGUAACCUUGCCACGGAGAUGGAGGAGGCCGAGCAGCGUGGCUUCAAGCUGAGCUCCGCAGACGUGGUGCGGGCUCAAGCACACAGCUCAAAUGAUGCUGAACCUGAAGCUCGAGUUACAAGCGAUGAUAGUCCUUCCCGUAUGGUGCCGGAUAGCACAGUGCCGGACGAUACCACCGCGGCGCAGCGGGGCCAGAAGAAACGGCACGACUCUCUGGACAUCAUGGAGGAACUAGAGCGGGAGAUUGACGACAUUGUCCUCGACAGCACGGCCGACAGUGUGGACCUGUCAGACGAUGCAGAUUUCAUGGACUAAUUCUUAAGUGUAUUUAAAUUGUUUAUUUUAUAUUACAGUACAGAUCAUAAAACUAUUGUACUUCAUAAAGUGCUAAUUCCUUAUAAGAUUAAAGUAUUAUACAGAUUUGCUUUGUUGUGUUUUUGUUGGAUAUUAAUAAAGUGUAUAUCGGACUUUUGAUGUUAAACAGAUAUUGAUGUUCUAAUCAAAUAAUGGAUCUAUUAGCCACAAUAUAAACUGGUAGUGUAAUUAUAAUGAUUGAAAUGCUAUAUUACUUAAAUACUUAACUGAUAAUGAAACAUUUUUUGUAAUAAAUUGAACAGUAUGUAAAUUAUGUAGUAGGAUAAUAGUGAGGGACGCGAUAUACGUAUAACAUUUACCGCAAACAGAUGCGAGUGUGGCGAGGCGAGGCGGCCGGUGUCGGGGUGUCGGCGAGUGCCGGGAUUACCUCACGCCGCGACUCUGUAAUGGUGCUGUAAUGCCAAGUUUCCUGUUUAGUACUCACUUAAAUCAGCCAGACGCGCUUAUUAGACAACUACGUCCAUUCAGAAAAAAGGAAUCAUAAAUUAACCUCUUAACUGAGUGCCGCCGUGCUCUGAACUAGUUGUACUAUUUUGCAAGAUCAUAUAUACAUAUUCAUAUGAAUUGAAAUUAUUCUAGUUAGGAUUUCAUGUUUAUUUGAUUUAUAUUAAUCGCCAUCUUCAGAGUAGGUGUGGAACUAUCUAGCGCUACAACUAAAAUAUUCGUAAAAACCGUAGCUCUUGAAUAAUUUGAAAUUAUUCAACCAACCAACAAUAAUUUGAAAUUAUUUGAAAUUAUUCAACCAAUACUUAAACAAGCAUUUUCGUUUAAUUUAAUUACUGCGUACUGGAACUAGGAAUGUUUCUACUUGUAGAAAAAGCCUAAAUCUCUUGUAAAAUAUAGUCUUCUCAAAUUUUGUCAUUAUACUGUCUUAUAUAUUGCAAUGUUUUGUAAAUCUAUUAUUAAUAGGAAAUUUAUAUACUUGGGCAUGCAUGCAUAGAUAUAAGUAUCCUUUAUAGGUGGUUGCCGCACCUUUUCAACCAUUAUUUGUGUGUUUCGAUAAAUUUACUUUAUCUUAAGGAAUAAAACGAAUAAUUAAGUGUUUGCAACUUU